AUGGCGGACAAAGGCGAGGUAGUCGACUAUUCUCUGAAUAAUCCAGAUACCCUUACCAAGUAUAAGGUUGCUGGCACAAUCUCCGAGAAGGUGCUUGCCGCUGUCUCGAAGCUAUGCGUUGCGGGCGAGAAAAUCGUCACCAUCUGCGAGAAGGGAGACAAGCUUCUUGAGGAGGAGGUUGCCAAAGUUUACGCGAAAACCAAGCUGAAGGGUUUCGCGCACCCGACGACCGUCUCCCCAGCCACUUUCGUAACGCCUUACACGCCACUGAGCUCUGACGAAGCCGAGUCCAAGGUCGAACUCCAGCCCAACGAACCUGUCAAGAUACAGCUAGGUGCUCAGAUCGACGGAUUCGGCACCAUUGUCUGCGGGACCGUGGUGAUGGCUCCCAAGGACGAGGAGCAAGAUGUCGUUACAGGUCGCUCGGCCGACUUAAUUCUCGCUACUCAUUACGCCAAUGAACUUCUCCUCCGUCUCAUGAUGCCUCCUGGACUUCUAACGUCUGGUACUGAUGAGGAGAAGGCCAAGGCAGCUUCGGCGAAGCCCCCUACCCAGGCCAGGAUCACAUCGCUUCUGGAAACCAUCACCAAGAGCUACGAGUGCAACCUGGUGGAGAGCACAACAUCGUGGCUCUUCGAGCGUGGUGAAAUUGAAGGCAAGAAGAAGGUUGUCAUUGCCCCGGGUGAGGGCACCAAAGGUGACGGUAUUCCCGAGGUCGGGGAGGUUUGGGGCGUCGAGAUGGGUGUCAGUCUGUCAAGCGGAAAGGUCAAGAGCAUGGAGCAGAGACCAACUCUCCACCGUUUGAUUAAUGACAAUGGCAUGGCGAAGCGCCCGACAUCCAAGAAGCUCAUGUACGACGUCAAGAAGAACUUUCACCACUUUCCCUUCAGCUUGAGACAGCUUGAGAGCGAGCGGGAUGCGAAACUUGGAGUUCUCGAAUGUGUCCGAAACAACCUCCUGCGCCAAUAUGAAGUUGUUGGCGAUAAGGAUGGUGCCCCCGUCGCACGACUCCUGACCACCAUCGCCAUCACCAAGAACGGCGUAACGAAGCUGGGAGCCCCUCCUGCUCUGGACGUGAGCAAGUUCAAGUCAGAUAAGAAGAUCACGGAUGAGGAAGUCCUGAAGAUCCUCGAACAGCCCCUGUCGAGGAACAAGGGUAAGAGUAAGUCCAAGAAGAAGAAGAAGCCCGCCAAGAAGGCAGCAAAGAAGGUCGAGGACGGGGAAGAGAGCGAAGAGGAGAGCGAUGACGAAGAGUAA